AUGGGAGAGAAUCCAAGAGUAGCUUUGAAGGAGUUGGGAAUUCCUGGUGCUUAUAGGUUUGAGAGUGGCAUUGCUCCACCUAUAACACCGGCAAACAAUUUUGAAAUUAGACCAGCCAUGAUUACUUUGAUAGAAAGGAGGCAAUUUAGUGGAGCCAAGAGUGAGAGCCCAUUGAAUCACCUAAUGGAAUUUGAGAAGUAUUGUAAUACUAUCAAGGUGAACGACAUUUCUCAAGAGUUAAUUGAGCUAAAGUUGUUUCCCUUUUCUCUUAUUGGUCGUGCCUUAAAGUGGUUGGAUAAAGAAGUUAAGCCAAAUUCCCUUAGGACGUGGGAUGAAGUCACCAAAGCUUUCUUGUCUCACUUUUACCCACAAAAGAAGACGGCGGAGGCUAGAGCCUUGAUCCAAGGAUUCAAACAAAGGCCUAAUGAGAAUCUCUAUGAAGCAUGGGAGAGGUACAAGGAGUAUCAAAGAGAGUGUCCACAUCAUGGAAUUCCUACCUAUCAAGUGAUACAAAUUUUCUAUGGAGGCUUGAGUGCUCAAGGCAAGUCAUGCCUAGAUGGAGGAGCCGGAGGUCUUAUAAUGAAUAGGACAGAAGAAGAGGUAGUUGACAUAAUUGAGGAUGUGUCUAAGUUUAAUGGUGGUCAAAGGUUUGAUGGACCUAAGAAUUUUAGUAAUAGGAAUUCUCACCCCCAAGGUGGUUUCGAUAACUACAACAAUGGAGGCUAUAGGAACCAAGGAAACCAAGGUUUUCGAGGAGUGGAACCUAAGAAACCCGUUUAUUCUAUCACCACUAGGAGUGGGAGAGUUCUUAAUGAGGGAACUUCUAGGUCCAUUGAGGAGGAUGAGGAGAGGAGUGACCCAAGAGUGGAAUUUGAGAAGGUUGAGUCUAAGAGUGUGAGUUAUGAGGAGGUGCAAGAGAAAAAAAGGAGUAGUGAGAAAGAGCGUGAGGAAGUGCGGAGACCCGACCUUCUAUACCCACAAAAAUUCUUGAGGCACAAAAUUGAUGAGCAAUUUGGAAAGUUUAUUGCUAUGCUCAAGGAAGUUCACAUUUCUAUCCCCUUCACCGAUGCAAUUACCCAAAUGCCUAGGUACUCUAAGUUCCAUAAGGAGAUUUUGAGUGGGAAGAGAAUGUGUAAUGAAGUUGAUUCGGUUGAAGUUGGGAGUUGUUGUAGUGCUUUGAUUCAUAAUGAGUUGCCCAAGAAGAUGGAGGAUCCGGGAAACUUCUCUAUUCCAUGUGAGAUCAAAAGGAAAAUGUUUAAUAAUGCUUUUUAUGAUCUUGGAGCUAGUGUGAGCGUCAUGCCUUAUUCUAUUUUCAAGAAACUCGAGCUAGGUGAGCUACUCCCAUCUAACAUAACCCUUCAAUUGGCCGAUCGGACUAUUAUGAUUCCAAAGGGGAGAGUUGAGGAUGUUCCUCUUAAGAUAGGAGGGUUCACUAUUCCCGUUGAUUUCAUUGUGCUUGAGAUUGUGGAAGAUGACCAUAUCCAUAUCAUUUUAGGAAGACCUUUCUUAGCCACUUCAAGAGCCUUAAUAGAUGUGAAAGGAGGCCGUAUUACCUUGAGAAUUGGUAAGAAAGAGGAAAGCUUUGAGUUGAAACCAAUGCUUGAGUCUUUGUCUCUUUUGCAAGGAAUUAUGUGUGCUAAUCCCCUCGCUCUAUUUAUAAUCUAUGCAUGA